AUAUUUAACAAGCUCUGGGGGGUGCUGGCUUCCAUCAUAACCCUCUUUCUGCCUGGGACAGCCAUGGUGGGUAUUUACAUACACAUUUUCAGAGUUGCCCGGAAGCAUGCCAGGCAGAUUGGCACAGGUCCUAGGACAAAACAGGCCACCUCAGAAAGCAAAGUGAAGGCCUCAUCCAAAAAGGAGAACAAGGCCACAAAGACUUUAAGCAUAGUCAUGGGGGUAUUUGUGUUGUGCUGGCUACCCUUUUUCGUCUUGACAAUCAUAGACCCUUUCAUUGACUUCAUGACCCCUGAGGAUCUAUACAAUGUCUUCCUCUGGCUAGGUUACUUUAAUUCCACUUUCAAUCCCAUCAUAUAUGGUAUGUUCUAUCCUUGGUUUCGCAAGGCCCUUCGGAUGAUAGUCACAGGGAUGAUCUUUCGUUCUGACUCUUCCACCUUAAGCCUGCUUUCUGCACACCCUUAG